UUACCCAAGAUCUUAAAUAGUAUCCAGUUGCGCUGGUGCGCAUAAUUAAUACCGCUCUCGGGGAGUCUGCUAAGCACUGCACUAAUGUGGAAGGGUGGUGGCGUUGCAUGGUUAUCGUGAUUCAUCUCGUGGGCCACAUUUCCAACUGCAGUAUAAUAUGUUCGGAUCAGUUUCGGGGGGCGCCUAGCUUUUGCUUCGCAAGAAGCGGUACUUGGUCACGCUUGAACGCAUCCGAUUUAAAUUAUGAUCGAACUUUGCAAUAUCAACAUAGCAUCAGGGCUUCGCGCAUCUGACGCGCUGCGGUCGCGAAGGCGGAUUCCCGUCUUGCUGUCUGAAGGUGAUGGAAUGUACCGAGCGGACCCGACAGAAUUCAAGCCAGAUUCUCUGGCUUUGGGGUAUCGGAACAGUAAAAAUUUAGACGACUUCGACCCGCGCCCAGGAGUGAUCUGGGGCAACGCGGUUCAAGGUGUGGACGAAGGUGACGGCUGGGUGAAGGUGGAAGUUUGGCCCAUGGACUCAAAGAUGGAUAAACGUGCUGCUGUCGCUGCAAAGCUGCAAAAGAGGCCAGAGGUGGCGCACAACCUUUUAGUUUAUGCAAUACGCGUGCUCCGAUCGCCGAGCAGUUGGGCUACGAGGCACUUCACAUGCGCGAAUGCUCAGACAGCUCCGGCAAGGUGACGACAAAUUCUGCUUGGGAUGGGGGCAGCGAAAUCUUUGGCGAGUUGGACGAUCGAACGAUCGUCACUCCACGCGGCGAGCGGCACUACUUCGAAACACGCUUGAUACCAGAGGUCAUAAAGCACGUCAGGAAGAAAUGGGACGACGGCACCGCUUGGACGAGGAAGAAGCGGAAUGGGGCUAAUAGUGAGCUUGUGGAGUGGUGGAUGAAGGCGCUAGGAAAGGAAACAGAUUUGGAAUGGUGCGCUGAAGGAAAGGACGUCCCUAAAGAAGCCGUCAGCAAGGCCAUGAUUUAUUAUGCUGACAGCGUGGAGACGCGGGCCAAGAACCAAGACAAGAGAGUAUCGAUCUGGCAGCAGUCGGAGGAGUACAGGCAGACGUGGGCAGCAGUCAAGGGUUAUCUCGAUACCAUAACAUUGCCUGCUGAUCCUCCACAUGUCAUGGCGAAGCGGUUCUAUACAAAUACUAACGAUGUCUAUCCUUACCGGCCCUAUGACAGGGUGACGCGAGCGUGGCCUAUAUCCGACUACGAGACGACAAGCACGCAUCCGACACAAACUUUUCGCAUGACAUCGAGCGGAAAGGCGGUCAUGCGCCUCUCUGCUGGCGACCUCGGCGUUCUCACCACAGUGCCCAUGGAUUGGAACCUGAAUCUUGUUGGACUGGCAGAGGACUUGCUGCUCGCAAUGGGCAGUGCGUGCUGCCCGGGACCCAAACCGUGCCCCUCCGAGUGAGAUGUCCAGCGACCGCGACCGCUCAGCAAACAGGGCAUCGGUCAGCGUCGGAAGGAUCAUCACGAUCAUCAUCCCAGGCUCGACGUCUUUCGUGCAUUGAGCCCGCGGUCCCAGACCUCUCCGUUCUGUUUUUGGUUACCAUCGUCGACACAUGUUUCGAGCGAUCUCGGCUGCUAGUUGUUGUUGUAUUUCUCUGGACGUGCAAGAUCGCUGAUUUCUCAUCGGAUCAUGGAGC